ACGUGUCCCGUCAAGAUGGCACUUUAUAAUUUCAAGAAGAUUAUGGUGGUUCCCACCGCAAAGGAAUUCAUCGACAUCACUUUAUCCAAAACUCAAAGGAAGACGCCCACGGUGGUGCACAAGCAUUACCAGAUUCACCGGAUCCGACACUUUUACAUGCGGAAGGUGAAGUUCACCCAGCAGAACUACCACGACCGGCUCACGCAGAUCCUCACCGACUUCCCCAAACUCGACGAUAUCCAUCCAUUCUAUGCUGAUCUGAUGAACGUGCUGUACGACAAGGACCAUUACAAGCUGGCCUUAGGACAAAUAAACAUCGCCAAGAACCUGAUCGACAACGUGGCCAAGGACUAUGUGCGUCUGAUGAAGUACGGAGAUUCUCUGUACCGGUGCAAACAGCUGAAGAGGGCGGCUCUGGGUCGCAUGUGCACCAUCCUGAAGCGACAGAAGUCCAGUCUGGAGUAUCUGGAACAAGUGCGCCAACAUCUGUCCCGUCUGCCGAGCAUCGACCCGAACACCCGGACCCUGCUUCUGUGUGGUUACCCCAACGUGGGCAAGUCCAGCUUCAUCAACAAGGUGUCUGGUUCUGGUCACAUGGAUACAGAGAUACUGCGCUGGCAGGUGGUGGACACGCCCGGUAUCCUGGACCACCCUCUGGAGGAGAGGAACACCAUCGAGAUGCAGGCCAUCACGGCGCUGGCUCACCUCAGGGCGGCCGUCCUCUACGUCAUGGACCCGUCGGAGCAGUGCGGCCACACCCUGGACGAACAGCUGGAGCUCUUCAACAACAUCCGGCCGCUGUUCGCCAACAAGCCGCUCAUCGUUGUCGCCAACAAAUGCGACGUGAAGAAGGUCAGCGAGCUCUCCGAGGAGAACCAGAAAAUCUUUGCAGACCUCACCGCCGAGGGAAUCCCCGUCAUCGAGACCAGCACCCUGACGGAGGAGGGGGUGAUGCAGGUUAAAACCGAGGCCUGCGACCAGCUCCUCGCUCAUCGCGUCAACACCAAGAUGAAGGGCAAGAAGGUCCACGAUGUCCUCAACCGGCUUCACCUGGCCAUGCCGGCCAAGAGAGACCAGAAGGAGAGGCCUCCGUUCAUCCCAGAGGGAGCCUUGAUGCGGAGGAAAGCCAUGGAGGUGGACACACCCAAACGUAAACUGGAGAGAGAUCUGGAGAUGGAGCUCGGUGACGACUACAUCCUGGACCUACAGAAAUACUGGGACCUGAUGAACGAGGAGGAGAAGCACGAUAAGAUCCCCGAGGUCUGGGAGGGCCACAACAUCGCAGAUUACAUCGACCCCGACAUCAUGAAGAAACUGGAGGACCUGGAGAAGGAGGAGGAGCUGAAGGAGCGAGCCGGGGAGUACGACUCGGACGACGAGAGCGAGGACGAGGAGAUGCAGGAGAUCCGCGUCCUGGCCAAGCAGAUCCGCGAGAAGAAGCAGCUGAUGGUGGCCGAGUCGAAGGAGAAGGACGUGCACGGGCCUCGUAUGCCCAGGACCGCCACCAAGGUUGAAAGGAAGAAGCUGGAGAAGGAGAUGGGAAGCCUCGGGCUGGACAUGAACGACAAAGACGACAGCCACUACGCGCAGCAGGCCAGACGCUCCCGCAGCGUCACUAAGAAACGCAAACGCGAAGCCUCAGCUCCUCCGACCUCCAGGACCCGCAGCCAGAGCGCCUCCCGUCCACCGCGAGACCAGUCCGGCUUACGAGACCCGAAGAUGAUAAAGAAGACGAAGCUGAUGAUGAAGAGCUCCCAGAAGGGCAUGAACCGCCAGGGCAGGAAGGGCGAGGCCGACAGACACGUGUACGACCUCAAACCCAAACACCUCCUGGCCGGGAAGAGGAAGUCGGGAACCACGGAUCGCAGAUAAAACUGCUUUUUUUUUUUUUCUGGACUGUUGAGACGUGGAUGGAAGGAGAAAAACAAACAACUCUGCUGGAGAUGCUCUGUUUAAAAUGGUCACUAAUUAUAUUAAUAGUGAGUCUUUUAUUUGUCAGAAUAGAACAGUAUAAAAAAAACAGAGACUGUCGACCUGAAUUAACCCUGUCAGAUAUUAUUCAGUUGUUUAACUGAUAUGUAUUCACAUUUACCUCUUGGCAGCAGCAGAAAAGUGAACUUUUAUGCCUUACACGGCUCAGGAAAAGCUGGGCUUACUUUGGAUAAAGUGAUGAUGAUGUUUCCUUUAAGUCUUCUCUUGAGAAACAUGGACCAGGGAGAUACAAAUAAAUGUACACCUGAACUCAA